AUGGCUGCCACCGGAGUUCUUCCCUUCAUACGGGGAGUGGACCUCAGUGGAAAUGAUUUCAAAGGAGGAUAUUUCCCUGAGCAUGUCAAGUGUAUGAGCAGCCUGCGAUGGCUGAAACUGAACAGGACAGGACUGUGUUACCUCCCAGAGGAGCUGGCCUCUCUGCAGAAACUGGAGCAUCUUUCAGUUAGUCACAACAGUCUCACCACCUUACAUGGAGAACUGUCCAGUCUACCAAACCUAAGGGCUGUGGUAGCCAGAGCAAACAACUUGAAAAACUCUGGCGUUCCAGAUGACAUCUUUCAGCUUGAUGACCUCUCUGUGCUGGACUUGAGCUACAACCAGCUGUCAGAGAUCCCCCGGGACUUGGAGAACAGCAGGAACAUGCUGGUGCUAAAUCUGAGCCACAACAGUAUUGAUACUAUACCAAACCAGCUGUUCAUCAACCUGACCGACUUAUUGUAUUUGGACCUGAGCGACAACAAGCUGGAUAGCCUGCCACCACAGAUGAGGCGCCUGGUACAUCUGCAGACUCUCAUUCUGAACAACAAUCCACUGAUGCAUGCUCAGCUGCGUCAGCUCCCAGCAAUGGUGGCACUGCAGACUCUGCACCUGAGGAACACCCAGAGGACCCAGAGUAACAUGCCUACCAGCCUGGAGGGACUGACACAUUUAGCAGAUGUCGACCUGUCAUGUAACGACCUGACUCGGGUACCAGAGUGCCUCUAUUCCCUGGGCAGCCUGAAGAGACUCAAUCUGAGCACCAAUCAGAUCUCUGAACUCUCCCUCUGCAUCGACCAGUGGACCCAGCUGGAGACUCUCAACCUGAGCCGCAACCAGCUCACCUCUCUGCCUUCUGCCAUCUGUAAGCUGUCCAAACUGAAGAAGCUGUAUGUGAACUCCAAUAAACUGGACUUCGACGGGGUUCCCCCUGGUGUGGGCAAGCUGGCCAGCCUCACUGAGUUCAUGGCUGCCAACAACAACCUGGAGCUCAUCCCUGAAGGACUCUGCAGGUGUGGAAAGCUGAAGAAGCUGGUGCUUAAUAAAAACCGGCUAGUGACACUACCAGAGGCCAUCCAUUACUUAACUGAUCUGGAGAUACUAGACGUCCGUGAGAAUCCCAACCUGGUGAUGCCUCCUAAACCAGUUGACCGGGGAGCAGAGUGGUACAACAUCGACUUCUCCCUCCAGAAUCAGCUCCGUCUGGCCGGAGCUUCACCCGCUACAGUAGCAGCAGCGGGCGGAGGAGCCAGCCCUCGGGAUCACCUUGCGAGAAAGAUGCGGUUGAGGAGAAGGAAGGACUGCUCUCAGGAUGACCAGGCCAAGCAGGUGCUGAAGGGCAUGAGCGAUGUCGCUCAGGAGAAGAAGAACAUGGAGGAGAACGGAGACUUGAAAUACGGUGAUCUAAAAACUCGACGCUGGGACAAAAGUCUAGAAAAGCCUCAUCUGGAUUACUCCGAGUUCUUCUUGGAGGACAUUGGCCAGAUCCCAGGUGUCGCAGUGUGGCAGAUAGAAAACUUCAUCCCCAUACAAGUGGACGAAGCUUUCCACGGCAAGUUCUAUGAGGCCGAUUGCUACAUCAUCCUCAAGACCUUUUUGGAUGACAACGGGGCGCUGAACUGGCAGAUCUACUACUGGAUCGGUCAGGAAGCCACACUCGACAAGAAGGCCGGCUCCGCCAUUCACGCCGUCAACCUGAGAAACUUCCUGGGAGCAGAGUGCAGAACCAUCCGCGAGGAGAUGGGAGACGAGAGCGAGGAGUUCAGCGCCGUGUUCAACAAUGACAUCUCCUACAUCGAGGGAGGAACAGCCAGUGGAUUUUAUACUGUGGAGGACACGCAGUAUGCUGUCAGGUUGUACAGAGUCUACGGGAAGAAAAACAUUAAACUGGAAUCUGUGCCUUUGAAGGCCUCCUCCCUCGACCCACGCUUCAUUUUCCUGCUGGACACGGGCCUGGAGAUCUUCGUCUGGCGAGGGGCCAACGCAACUCUCAGCGGCACCACGAAAGCCAGGCUGUUCGCUGAGAAAAUCAACAAGAACGAACGUAAAGGGAAGGCGGAGAUCACAACCCUCAUGCAGAACCAGGAGCCUCCGGAAUUCUGGGAGGCGCUGGGAGGACAACCGGAGGAGAUCAAGAAACACGUCCCAGACGACUUCUCUCCUAUCAGACCGAAACUAUACAAAGUGGGUUUGGGUCUCGGGUACCUGGAGCUGCCUCAGAUCAACUACAAGCUGUCAGUGGAGCACAAAGAUCAAAAGGUCAAGCUGGACACCCUUCCCGAGCUCAGGCUGGUGCAGUCUCUCCUGGACACCAAGUGUGUGUACAUCCUGGACUGCUGGUCGGACGUCUUCAUCUGGAUCGGGAGGAAGUCUCCCCGGCUGGUCCGAGCCGCCGCCUUAAAGCUGGGCCAGGAGAUCUGCUCCAUGCUGCACCGGCCCAAACACGUGUGUGUCACCCGCAACCUGGAGGGCACCGAGGGGCAGGUCUUCAAGUCCAAGUUCAAAAACUGGGACGACGUGUUGAAGGUGGAUUACACCAGAGCCGCCGAGACCGUCCAGCAAAACGAUAACCUGCAGGGCAAGGUGAAGAAGGACGCAGAGCAGAAGGACCAGAUGAAAGCCGAUCUCACCGCCCUGUUCCUUCCCAGACAGCCGGCCAUGCCUCUCACCGAGGCGGAGCAGCUGAUGGAGGAGUGGAAUGAGGAUCUGGACGGCAUGGAGGGAUUCGUGUUGGAGGGGAAGAAGUUUGCUCGCCUGCCUGAGGAGGAGUUCGGCCACUUCUUCACGCAGGACUGCUACGUCUUCCUCUGCAGGUAUUGGGUGCCAGUCGAGUAUGAGGAGGACGAGAAGGAGAAGAAAGAGGGAGAAGGUGGAGGAGGAGGAGGAGCUGGAGGAGAUGAGGAGGAGGAAGACAAGCAGCCUGAGGAGGAUUUCCAGUGUGUGGUGUACUUCUGGCAGGGCCGGCAGGCCUCCAACAUGGGCUGGCUCACCUUCACCUUCUCCCUGCAGAAGAAGUUCGAGAGUCUCUUUCCCGGAAAACUGAAGGUGGUGCGGAUGACCCAGCAGCAGGAAAACCUCAAGUUCCUGUCGCACUUCAAGAGGAAGUUCAUCAUCCACAAAGGGAAGAGGAAACAGAAGACCGACUCUGCUCAGCCGUCGCUCUACCACAUACGAACCAACGGCAGCGCUCUCUGCACCCGAACCAUUCAGAUCGGGACAGAUUCCAGCAAUCUCAACUCGGAGUUCUGCUUCAUACUGAAGGUACCGUUUGAAAGCACAGACAACCAGGGCAUCGUUUACACCUGGGUGGGCCGAGCCGCCGACCCCGACGAGGCCAAGCUGGCCGAGGACGUCAUGAACAGCAUGUUUGACGACACGUACAGCAAGCAGGUGAUCAAUGAGGGGGAGGAGCCAGAGAACUUCUUCUGGGUGGGGAUUGGUUCUCAGAAGCAGUACGAUGAAGACGCGGAGUACAUGAAACAUGCUCGGCUCUUCAGGUGUUCAAACGAGAAGGGUUACUUCUCGGUGUCGGAGAAAUGUUCAGACUUCUGCCAGGACGAUCUGGCUGACGACGACAUCAUGCUGCUGGACAACGGGAAAGAGGUCUACAUGUGGGUGGGCACUCAGACCAGCCAGGUGGAGAUCAAACUCAGCCUCAAAGCCUGUCAGGUUUACAUCCAGCACAUGCGCGCCAAGGAGACGGAGCAGCCCAGGAAGCUGCGGCUGGUGAGGAAAGGGAACGAGCCGCACUGCUUCACGCGCUGCUUCCACGCCUGGGGGGCUUUCAAGACCCCCCCCGCUUAGGACGACACGCACACGGGAUUGAUCUCGCUGCCAUGUAAUUUGCCAUUAAGUAGAUGACGACGAUGUCUUUGCCUUUCCCAGCUUUAUCUGAAAGUCCUUCCCUCCAUCCCAGUCAGCAGGUUUUUUUUUUUAGUCUUUCUGCCAACUGAACAGAGAAAUGAGAUUAGCACAACAUCUGGCUGUGACCCGUCCUCCAGACGGACGAAUACGAUAUCAACUUUUUUUUUUCCCUACAGGCUCCGCUAGCAGCAGCAGGCCUGAACGCUGCUGUUGAACGAUGAGUGUUUUUUGAGAUGAAUGAGCUCGGAGGUGAGCAGAGGCUUCAGGAAACCAUAUCGAUGUGUGUGUGUGUGGCUGCUUUCACGUGACUCGUGCUGCACGGCCGGCAGCAGACUCUCUAUCAUGCUUGGCGCCGUCAGGGAGGCAGAUUAACGCAGAUACAAGGUUUUACAGUUUAUUCUUCUUUGAGGGACUGAACAGAAAACGGCACUAUAAUUCUUUUCCCGAGGAAUGUUGGUUUAUAUAUCUAUUUUUGUCAUGGAUGGAUGGUGUGAUUGUGUGUUUGUGCCCCCCUACCCCCGCCCCCAAUACGCCUUCACUUUCCCACAGUCCCGUUUGGUUUCUGCUCUCGCCUCUUAACUUCUGUACUGAUCAGACAGGGAAAUGAGACUCGGUUGUGGGAGACUGGUUUCAUUAAAAACCCUACUGGACACGAAUUAUUUUUAGCCAUACCAACAUUUAGAGAGUUGCUUUUAUUUGGCCAAAGAACUGUUGUGGAAGUCAGGGUUGGAGACGUGGGACAGAACCGUGUUUUCUGUUUAAAUGUGCAAUCAGCGGAGCGGGGACAAGCUGAAACGCUAACAAUGCUGUAUUCUUCUAUUUCACGCGCCGCAUUCAACAAGUCAGAAUGUUUAUUUUCUGGAGAGAACAGGAAAGCACUAUCAGAAAUUCUAUAUUUGAAAAGUGAACGCAUGACAUUUAAAAUCCAUCAGGUUGAAAACGUUUCAAGCUGAUGAUUUUUCUUUUAAGUACUUUCCUUAUUUUGAAGUAAAUGGGAGAUCUUCUGCAUCCUUUAGAAACAUAUCCUGAUAAAUAAAACGACUUCUGGUUCUGCUGAUCUCAUUAAACCUCUGUAAGAUCAGCAGCACCAGCCGCCACCUUCACGUCCUGCUCUGCACAUCGGUCCAAGCGAGACGUCUACAUACUGAACAACUUGCAUAAUUUCUUUAUUACUAUGUUUGUGGGGUUAAUUGUAUGCCUGUUAGUGUGUUUGAGGCCUGCACACAUAUCUGUGUGUUUGAAUACGUGCACGUGCUCCUGAUGCCACAUGCAGAUGCUUUAUUUAUGUAUUUUAUAUUAAAAUAAAAUUUCACGCCACA